ACGUGCUCUGAGUACAGUGGUAGUGUGUGUGUGUGUGUGUGUGUGUUGUGUACGCUGACUGUACUUGGUAACGUUAUCUAUGCAGUAGAUACAAAGAAGGAGCAACAGCAGUGUGUUCUCGCGGGAUUUAUGUGUGAACGUUAACACAAAGCUCAUGGUUUAGUGGCUCCUCGGGAGUCACUAAUGAUGCACUACUCAAGCUGGCUGAUCGGCGUGAAAAACCGGGCGAGUCUGCGAAAUGCGUGCAAAACACCGCCCAACACGGACUGGAACAACAACAGAGGACACGCGCUGGACACGAAGAACAACAACCCGCAGCACAAAGACAAGACGUGCGAGCAAACGGUGCCGAACCACCUCUGGAAAAAAGGUUACAAAAUAAUCAAGAAAAUCGGAGCGGGCACAUUUUCCGAGGUGGUGAAAACUCAGAGCCUGAAAGAUGGGAAGUUCUACGCCUGUAAAACCAUGAAGCAGACAAUUAACAGUCUGGAGCAGGCCAACAACCUGCGGGAAGUCCAGGCAAUGAAGAGACUGAGCCCACACGCAAAUAUCAUCCAGCUUCAUGAGCUAAUAUUUGACAAAGAAACUGGGACAGUGUCUUUGAUUUGUGAGCUGAUGGAGAUGAACCUCUACGAGUUAAUACAAGGGAGACAAACUCCGCUGCCCGAGCAGACAGUGAAGCAUUACAUGUACCAGCUCUGCAAGUCACUUGAACACAUGCACAGCUGUGGGAUUUUCCACAGAGACGUAAAGCCAGAGAACAUUCUCAUCAGACAAAAUGUCCUGAAGCUCGGGGACUUUGGCUCUUGUCGGAGCGUGUACUCCAAGCCCCCGCACACAGAGUACAUCUCCACGCGCUGGUACAGGGCCCCAGAGUGUCUCCUCACUGAUGGCUAUUACAGCCUGAAGAUGGACAUCUGGAGCACUGGCUGUGUCUUCUUUGAGAUCAUGAGCUUGAAUCCCCUCUUUUCUGGAGCAAACGAGUUGGACCAGAUUGCCAAGAUUCACGAUGUGCUGGGGACACCGGAUCAGAGUAUUCUCCAAAAGUUCAAGCAGUCUAGGGCGAUGCAUUUCAACUUCCUCCCAAGAAAAGGCACCGGUAUCUCACGGUUAAUCCCCAACUGCCCAGCCCCGGCUCUGUCGCUGCUCUAUCAGAUGCUCGCGUACGACCCCGAUGAACGCAUCACUGCAGAAACAGCCAUGCGGCACACGUACUUCAGGGACCUCAGGCUGGCAGAGAAAAAAGCCGACAGUCUCCACAGAGUGACCGGGGCAAUAGGCGGAGUAGAAAGCAGCGCAAUGCACAGCUCCAUGGAUCACAUCUGCCGCCCAACUAAACUCGGCAAACAGCUGAGGGGAAGACACGCGAGGCAGACGCCGUUAAUGAGUCACACGAAGCACGCAGCAGAGCCGCUCAUCAGACGGAACAUCCCUCAUUAUCCCACAGAGCUGCCCAAGCUCAACAUGGUCUUACCGCGACCCCAGAUCCCCUUCCCCGUCUCCACCAUGCCCGCGUUUCCCGCCACUCACAGGGGAACACUGCCAUCCAUCACGACCAAAAAGUGCCAGUCACAGUUGGCCAAGCCCCGGGAUGAGUCACACCGCGCUGCUUUCAAGACCUUCUACAUGCCACCUCUGGACAGGAAGCGGGGAGGCUACUGACAAGCAAAUGCACUGUAAAUGCUUCCUUUCGUACCAAACAGACAGAAUGUUGACAGGACAAUGUUUGGGACAGGCUUAAAAUGAAAGACUUAGAUCAGUCUGUUAACACCAAACAAGAGGGCGAUCUCAACACACGUCGGACUGAGAGUGUGUAGUUUCAGUUAUGGCGUCACGUGUUCACAGCUGUGGAGAAAGAAACUUCAGUGGAGCCUAUUACACAAACUAAGCAAUAACACACAUUCGGCACAUUUAACCUUUGGAUCAGCUUAUUGUACAAAAAAAAAAGUGGCUUUAAAAAUUUGCCACACCCUCUUACAACUUUUAAUUACAAACGAUUAGGUAAGCAUUCUCACAGUAAUUAACCAAAAAAAACAAUAUUCGUCACUGGGUCAAAAAUGUGAAAUAUACACAACAGCAAUCAAUCGGCUGUGAUUUAAAGUUGUAAAUCGAUCAGAGUGAGUGAGUGAGUUGGAGCGCAGGGUUGA